ACCAAUCUCACCAACAAAUCUUAAUCUCUCUCUCUCUCUCUCUGUGUGUUUCUUGUUCCCAUCAUUCCCUCUCAUGUGCCAAAGAUCAUUUCUUUAAUCUCCUUCCUUCCUUCCAGCCUCUUCUUUUUCACUUCGUCCUAUAAAGGGAUUUGCUUCCCUUUUUUUUCCAUUUGCUAAGGUUUUUGCUUUCUGGCACCUUAAACAAUAAUGGAGUUGUCGCAUGAGAACGGCAAUGGCAAGAUCUCCACAGAGAGUUUAUGCGUUAAACUAGAUCCGCUGAACUGGGGUUUGGCGGCGGAGUCACUGAAGGGGAGCCAUUUGGAGGAAGUGAAGCGCAUGGUGAGGGAGUUCCGGCAGCCGGCGGUCCGGCUCGGCGGCGACACUCUCUCCAUAGCCCAGGUGGCUGCGGUGGCCGGCGGCGAGGUGACGGUGGAGCUCUGCGAGUCGGCCAAGGCGGGCGUGAAGGCCAGCAGUGAUUGGGUGAUGGAUAGCAUGAACAAGGGAACGGACAGUUACGGCGUCACGACAGGGUUUGGUGCAACUUCACAUAGGCGAACCAAACAAGGCGCUGCUCUUCAAAAGGAGCUUAUCAGAUUCUUGAAUGCUGGAAUUUUCGGCAUUGGAACGCAAGAAACAAGCCACACACUGCCUCACUCUGCUACAAGGGCUGCGAUGUUGGUAAGGAUCAACACCCUGCUUCAGGGAUACUCUGGCAUUCGAUUCGAGAUAUUGGAAGCCAUCACAAAGCUCCUCAACCACAGCAUCACUCCAUGCUUGCCUCUCCGGGGCACCAUCACUGCCUCGGGCGAUCUAGUCCCCUUAUCGUACAUCGCAGGGGUCUUGACCGGGAGGCCUAAUGCCAAAUGUGUAGGGCCUAACGGGCAGGCCCUUGAUGCCGGGGAGGCGUUCAAACUUGCUGGGAUUGGCUCCGGGGGGUUCUUUGAGUUGCAGCCUAAAGAGGGCCUUGCUCUUGUUAAUGGCACGGCAGUUGGGUCUGGUUUAGCAUCCAUGGUGCUUUUUGAUGCCAAUCUACUGGCUGUUCUAUCUGAGGUUUUGUCGGCAAUUUUUGCUGAAGUAAUGCAGGGGAAACCCGAGUUCACCGACCAUCUAACACACAAGCUGAAGCAUCAUCCCGGCCAGAUUGAAGCUGCAGCCAUAAUGGAACAUAUUUUGGAUGGCAGUUCUUAUGUCAAGGAAGCGCAGAAACUACACGAGAUGGACCCUCUUCAAAAGCCUAAGCAAGAUCGAUAUGCUCUACGCACAUCCCCACAAUGGUUGGGCCCCCUGAUUGAGGUGAUCCGAGCAUCGACCAAGUCCAUUGAGCGCGAGAUCAACUCGGUGAACGACAACCCCCUGAUCGACGUGUCAAGGAACAAGGCCCUACACGGUGGGAAUUUCCAGGGUACCCCAAUUGGUGUCUCCAUGGACAACACCAGGUUGGCUUUGGCAUCCAUUGGAAAACUCAUGUUUGCUCAAUUCUCCGAGCUGGUUAAUGACUUCUACAACAAUGGCUUGCCUUCCAAUCUCUCUGGCGGAAGGAAUCCAAGCUUGGAUUACGGGUUCAAAGGCGCCGAGAUAGCCAUGGCUGCCUACUGCUCGGAGCUCCAAUUCCUGGCCAACCCUGUCACGAAUCAUGUCCAAAGCGCCGAGCAGCACAACCAAGAUGUGAACUCUCUGGGAUUGAUAUCUUCCAGAAAAACAGCCGAAGCCAUAGACAUCUUGAAGCUCAUGUCCUCAACCUACUUGGUGGCACUUUGCCAAGCUAUUGAUUUGAGGCAUUUGGAGGAGAAUAUGAAGAGCACGGUUAAGAACACAGUGAGCCAAGCGGCUAAGAAGGUCCUUACCAUGGGAUUCAAUGGCGAACUUCACCCCUCAAGGUUUUGCGAGAAGGACUUGCUUAAGGUAGUUGAUCGCGAGCACGUCUUCGCAUACAUCGAUGACCCCUGCAGCGCGACCUACCCGCUAAUGCAGAAGCUGAGGCAAGUCCUCGUUGAUCAUGCAUUGACCAACAGGGAUGAUACGAAGAAUGCCAGCGCCUCAAUCUUCCUCAAGAUUGGAGCUUUUGAGGAGGAAUUGAAGACCCUCUUGCCGAAAGAAGUUGAGAGCACACGAAGUGCCGUUGAGGGUGGAACUCCAGCAAUUCCAAACCGGAUUGAGGAGUGCAGGUCUUAUCCAUUGUACAAGUUUGUGAGGGCAGAACUGGGGACCCAGUUGUUGACAGGAGAGAGAACUCGAUCCCCCGGUGAGGAUUUCGAUGAGGUCUUCUCCGCAAUUUGCCAAGGAAAGAUGAUUGACCCGCUGCUGGAAUGUCUCAAGGAUUGGAAUGGUGCCCCCCUUCCAAUCAGUUAAGAAACAUACUACUCUUCCAGAACUGCCUCUUUUCUUUUCCCCCGUCCUUGUCCUUCUAUUUAAUUACAUGAAUCUGCUGGAUCGGUUUGUUUCCUUUUCUUGUAUUGCUAUGGACUUGUGUACAGCAAGGGACUGUAGUUCAAUUAUACGUCAACUUUUUUGCUCAGAGAUGAAUAAUAAGCUUCUUCUUCUUCUUCUUCUUC